AUGAGUUCGACGCGGUCGGGGGGCCUUGCGGAGAGGCCAGCGAGGUGGCGAUCGCUGUACUUCAUGGGGGUCAUCAAGUGUCUGACCGCGACUGACAAGCCAGAGGUCGAUACUCUGGAAUCUUCUCUUCUCGAGUUGCUGGACCCCGCCAUGGAUGGCCUCGUCGAUCGAUCGAUGAGGCCGCUCGCCGAGCUCGACCUGAACGCUCAGCGGCACGACCGCUGA